ACCGGCAGCGUUAGUAGAUAUGCGACCUUUAGACCGCGCGAACGGGGUCAGUGUGCAGAGAACAAAAGAGUUGAAUCCAUGGCAACUUCCAAGCUUCAAGCUCUCUGGAACCACCCCGCCGGACCAAAAACCAUUCACUUCUGGGCACCAACUUUUAAAUGGGGCAUCAGCAUAGCAAAUGUUGCGGACUUUACAAAACCACCAGAAAAACUUUCCUAUCCCCAGCAGAUUGCGGUGGCAUGCACCGGAAUUAUCUGGUCACGUUACAGCACUGUGAUCAAGCCGAAGAACUGGAAUCUUUUUAGUGUAAAUAUUGCAAUGGCUGGAACAGGGCUUUACCAACUUUCACGCAAGAUCCGGCAUGACUACUUUUCUGAGGCAGAGGCUGCAGUUGCCAAAGAAUAAUGACGAAAAAUUUUACACGACAUUUGACUUUGCCCUCGUAUGUGAUGUGUUGUGAUUCGGCCUUGCAAUUGAUGUGUUGUGUUGUUACACGUCUUGUUUUAGGCCUUGGAUUGUUAAACUACUUAUGGAAAAUUUGUAACUGAAUAUUGAAUUGCCUUUCUCAGUCUGCUUGUAAAGUUAUCUUGCGAAUUUCGUUUUGCCCGAAAUUAGAUGUCAAAUUUGAUGCAUGGGCAUGGCCGAGAAAUAAAACGCUGGAUAGGUGCAAUUAGAUCUUCAAAACAAACUUCCACUUUAUAUAUUUAUUUGAAUUGUUGCUAAUGCUUUAAUUAUUAAA